GUGUAAAAGUCUGAUUUUCACACAGCUGCGUCUUUAUUAUCGUAAUUCCGAAUGGUUUAUGGGAAAGUCGUUAUUAAGUUAAAAAAAAAAAACACCUUGGAUCCUGUGCUUGGAUGCAGGUGCCUGUCUGCUGGAGGCUCUGACGCCUGUCAGGUGGUGGCUUUGAGAUCAUGCUUCUAUAUAGAUACUGGCAUGUAUUUUUUCUCAAUGAAUCUGCGUUAUUUAUAAAACUAUAAUCUUUAGAAAAGGUGUAAGUAUUUAGUAUAAACUCAUCUGAAGAAAGGCUUUUUUUUUUGUGGUCUCCCCCACACACACUUUCUCUAAGCUGUUUUGUUGUUUCUGGUUCUUUAUGUGCUGGGUGGUUGCUUAAUGCAAGUAAGACGUUUAUCCACAGAGUCACUUGAAUAUUACUGUAAAACUAUGGUGAAAAAGCUCAUAACCACACAAAUGUUUCAGAAUCGGAAAGAACUGGAAAAUGCUGGGGGGAAAAAUGAACAAAACAAAUUUCACGUUUUCUUUGCAGGCAAUUGCUAUAUACAAAAUUACCUCAGCGUUUUGAUGAGCAGACAUGGCUGUCACGCUGCACACUGAUGUAGGAGAUAUUAAAAUUGAAUUGUUUUGUGAGCGUACACCGAAGACUUGUGAAAAUUUCCUGGCUCUGUGUGCUAGUAACUACUACAACGGCUGCAUAUUUCACCGGAAUAUAAAGGGCUUCAUGGUUCAGACAGGGGAUCCAUUAGGUACUGGGAAAGGAGGUAACAGCAUCUGGGGUAAGAAGUUUGAAGAUGAAUUCAGUGAAUACCUAAAGCACAGUGUCCGUGGGGUGGUUUCAAUGGCGAACAAUGGCCCAAAUACCAAUGGAUCACAGUUCUUCAUCACUUACGGCAAGCAACCACACUUAGAUAUGAAGUACACUGUCUUUGGGAAAGUUAUUGAUGGCUUGGAGACCCUGGAUGAGCUGGAAAAGCUGCCUGUGAAUGAGAAAACCUACCGACCUCUUAAUGAUGUUCGCAUUAAAGAUAUUACAAUUCAUGCCAACCCUUUUGCUGUGUAACCACAAACAGUCUUGAUGCAUUCUUUAGAGAUUGGUCAGGUCGACUGCUGGGUGAUUAUGGUGUUUAGAGUGUCAUUAAAAAGGGUUACUCAACCUUGAUCAUACCUUUGGUCAUUGAAUGCAGGGUUCUCAGAUGUUGUGACAUUGUUUGGGAGUUGUCAUAAGGGAGUCUCAUGCUUCAGAAGACAGUUUUUCCAGAGUAUAUUCCUUGAUUUUGACUUUUAAACUUUGCUUCUUGUACUUGUAAAACAAGAAAAGACUUUCAAAAAUACAUAUAUUUUU